AACAGUGCCAUGAUCUCACAGACAGGUACACAAAAGCUUUAAUGAGUAUUAGAUUAGCAAUGUCUCAGAAUGGUUUUGAUCGAGUGGAGAUGGUGGUGGAUAUCUAUGAGAGCACAUAUGCUAUUAGAGAUCACGACCAUGACACAACUCAAGAGGACGGCAACACAAAGAAGUACCUACAAAUUCAACAAUCAGAGAGUCCUACUGCAAGCAUCAGAUGUUACAGACUGACUAUAGUAUGUGUGGUGCUGCUGUGUGUUCUCCUGCUGAUUAUCAUCACAGUGCUGAGUGUGUGGUUCAUUACAGAAGGAAAAAAGUUACAGAAUGAUAGAAAUGGGCUCCAGAAGAGGCAUUCUGAACUGGUGAGAGACAUUAAAAAUGGAUGGAUCUACUUCAGCUCCAAUCUUUACUACAAAUCUACUGAGAAGAAGAACUGGAUUGAGAGCAGAAAGGACUGCAGAGAGAGAGAAGGAGACCUGGUGAUCAUAAAAAGCAAAGAGGAACAGGAGUUCAUCAGUGAAACUCUGCUCAGCACAGAAGCUUGGAUUGGUCUAAGUGACAGUGACACCGAAGGGAUGUGGAAAUGGGUGGAUGGUACAGAACUGAUCAAUGGCGAUAGGUACUGGAGCAACGGGGAACCCAAUAAUGCUGAUGGAAAUGAGAACUGUGCUAUAGCUGGCUACAUCCCAUCGACAAUACGUGAAAAAAGUGAUCUGCUAAAGAAAUGGAAUGAUCUCAACUGCUCUCAGGCUAUCCGUUGGAUAUGUGAAAAGAAAUGCUUUAUUUAGAUGGAGGCUUGUAACAGAGGGUAGCUUGGCUAAACUUAACAUGUCAGUUAAUUUUUGUUGAACUUCUUGAAAAUGCACUUAUUUUGCUCUGGAGCCUACUUUGAAAUAAAACU